AUGGGCCCUAGAGGUGAUAGACGUCCUUUUCGUCGACGCUCCCGCUCACGUUCACCACGUCGUGGCCCUAAUUCACCGCCGCCCUUCAGACGAGUGCGUUCACCCCAGCGUUCUCCACCACCGCCGUCGCCAAUGAAUAAUGGUCGUUCUGCGACACCUCCAAUGCUCACCAGGCCCACCCGCGUGAAGCCUUCACCACGGCCAGACCGAUAUUUUGAAGGUGACGAUCGAAAGACUAACGUAGACUUAAAUAUGACCGAUGUUUCUUCAGAUAAGCUUGAUACUCCGCCACAUCGGGUGGUUUCAAUACAUGAACAUGGCCCUAGUGUUAUCUCGGGACGUGAAAUGUUGGACAGUGAUUCCCGGAAAUCAAGCCCCCCUCAUGAGUCUCAUCAUCAAAAACAAGAUCAUAGUGAUACUGAUAGCAUGUCCCACCCACCACAAGCGGAAUCUAGCGCUGGACCAUACGUUAAUCCUGAUCGCCAGAGAAACAUAUUUUCUGGUGGUAACAAUGAGUUUGCGGGCGGGAGGGGUCGAGGGCGGCCGCAGGAUAUGCAUCAUAAUCAAAUGCAACCCGCCCAUGAGAGCCAUGCACAGCAAAAGUACCCUCGUCGUGGGUCCCAUGGCUCUACAUCUUUCCAUGAACAAUCUCAACACCACGGCUCAUCCCACCAACAGGGACCACCCCAUUUUCAGCCGGGAUACCGCGGACGUGGACGUGCUUACCGUGGAGGCCGAUAUUCACCGCCUUUUGAGCAGCGGUCGUCUACAUAUGAUAGGCGCGGUUCUGAGCGUGGGCGUGGCGGUUAUCGUGGAAGGGGUGGACCUGGGCAUGACCAUGGAGAGUCUGGUAGGGGAGGGCGCCGUUUUGAUCCGCAAGACCAACAUCCACCCUCCACGGAAAACAGCCGCCACUCGCAACCUUCAUCUCCUGGCAACGAUUCUCAUCCCUCAGCAGUUGAGAUCCGGGCCAAAGAGGAGCCCGAAGCGAUUCACCAGAAUCUUGAUAGUGACGAAAUGAUGAGAGAUGACCCUGGUCAUGAAAAUGAGAAGGAUCAAGGGCACACCGAUAUGGCACCGCCAACUGGCCCUGCCCCAAAGAGCCCUCCUCAGCCUCUAGAUACUCGUGCGUUUAAACGCAUUGGCGGCUCGAACGAUGUCCGCAAUGCUAUCAACCAAGAAGAGAAAACGAGUAAUGGGUUUAGGCCCUUCAGCAUCUCCCUCGGAAAAAGCAGGGUCGGCCCGAAAACUGCGAUGCUUCCGAAAGCUCUUGAGGCCACCCGAGAGAGCGCCCGCGAAACUACUCGGGAAAAUCCUAGUGAGAAUGUUCGUGAGAAUAUCCGCGAGAAUGUUAGGGAGAGUGUGCGGGAAAAUAUUCGGGAGAACAUCCGCGAUAAUUUUCGGGAGAACAUCCGUGAAACAGGGCGCGAAAUCAGCCGCCAAAGCAAUCGUGAGAGUUUCCGCGAUCAUUUCCGCGACAACGGUCGACAUCCCGACCGACAUCCCGACCGGGAAAGCGGACGGGACCUUGGUCGUGGGCGAGACACCGGCCGCGAUAUUGGACGUGGUGGCCGUGAUGUCGGGCGGGAUAACGGUCGCUAUCUUAGCCGUGAUAUCGAUCGCAACGCUGGUCGUGAGAUUGGGCGCGAAGCCUACAAUAAUAGCGGCCCACCAACUUCUGGCUGUAAUAGCGCUCCGUUGGGGAAGAAUGCCGUAACGCUCAAGCUUGCAGCGAAGAGAGAAGCCCCCGUCGUCAAUAACGGAUCUGAUAUCCCCAAGCGACAAGUUGAAGUAGUCAAAACGCCCGCCGUGGCCAAGCCCAUAAUCAUUGCAAAGGAAACAUCUAUCUAUAAUAGGCUUAGUAUGGUUGGGGAGGGAACUUAUGGAAAGGUUUACAAAGCAUCAAAUAAUAUCACCAAGGAGUUAGUAGCUCUGAAACGGAUCAGAAUGGAGAGUGAAAAAGAUGGUUUCCCCAUCACUGCUGUCCGAGAGAUGAGGUUAUUGCAAGCACUCAAACAAGACAAUGUAAUAUGUCUAUUAGAGAUGAUGGUUGAGAAAAGUGAUUUCUACAUGGUUUUUGAGUACAUGGAUCAUGAUCUUACCGGUAUUUUGAAUCAUCCAACUUUCCGGCUGGAGCCUUGCCAUAUCAAGCACCUUGCAAAGCAAUUCUUCGAAGGUCUUGAAUAUCUUCACCAUCGCGGUGUUCUUCAUCGGGACAUAAAAGGCUCCAAUAUCCUAUUGAAUAAUGAUGGCCAAUUAAAGAUUGCCGAUUUUGGUCUUGCAAGGUUCUACACCAAAGCAAGUAAGAAGCAAUUGGAUUAUACCAACCGAAUCAUCACACUUUGGUAUCGCCCACCCGAGAUUCUUCUAGGCGCUACAGCCUAUGGUCCCGCCGUUGACAUCUGGAGCGCUGGUUGCGUAUUUAUCGAGCUCUUCACACGUCUGCCUGUCUUCACUGGCAAAAAUGAGAUUGAUCAAUUGGAUAUCAUUUACAACGUUAUGGGGACACCUUCAGAAAGGAUUUGGGCUGGCUUGAAGGAGACUCCCUGGUAUGGACUGUUGAAAACGCCUGCAAGAAGGAGACCGAAAUUUAGAGCGAAAUACGAACCGCUUCUGCCAGAAUCCGCGCUAGAGCUUGUGACCCAGAUGCUUGAGUAUGAUCCUGAUAAAAGACCCACUGCUGAGGAUUGUCUAAAGCAUCGAUAUUUCUCAGAGGAGCCUGCUCCCGCUCCUCCACUAGGACUCCGAGAUUUGAAAGGGGAUUGGCACGAGUACGAAUCAAAAAUUGAGCGUCGUAAAGAGCGCGAAAUUAAUGACAAGAAAAAGCGAGCUCAGCAUGAAUUGGAGAAGAAGAAAUGGAGGGAAACCCGCGAGGCAGAGAAGAGAAAACUUGCGCAACAGGAAUACGAUCCCGAGAGACCACCAAUUAGCGAUUCCACUCCAACAAAUUCCUCAGUCCCGGUCAAACGGAAGCGCGACUCUUUGGACGCGGAUGAUCUUGCAUCCGGUACCAGCUCUGCUUCCAAGAAACGGGUAGAGUGA